CAUAAUUUCGAUCUAAGCUCUUUUUUUCCAUCUAAUUGUGGAUAUUCUUCCGCCCCACUGAAACAUAGUGCCAUUUCCGGAAUAUUUCUCGCCCUGAACAGUUUCCGCCGCCAUUGCAGGUUUCUUGAGUUCAAUUCAGCGGCCGCUGUUUGUCAUUCUGGGGAAGAAGCACUUAGUUCACAUCCAACGGGCCUACGGAAUAGCGCGAUAACUGUCAUCACAUUUACCCAAGAGUAGCCUCUGUCAAAUUAUUUGGUCUCUCAACAAGCCGUCUCAAGGCUGCCCGGCUUGGAUCUGAGUGAGAAAGCAGUAGUUUGUUAGCUAGUUUUAGGCGAAUUAGGAGGAGAGAGAAGAGGAACCGUCAUGGCUCAGAUCCUGCCUAUCCGAUUCCAGGAGCACCUGCAGCUCCAAAAUUUGGGGAUAAAUCCGGCCAACAUUGGCUUCAGCACGCUGACGAUGGAGUCGGACAAGUUCAUCUGCAUCCGUGAGAAGGUGGGCGAGCAGGCCCAGGUGGUCAUCAUCGACAUGGCCGACUCUGCCAACCCCAUCCGCAGGCCCAUCUCCGCUGACAGCGCCAUCAUGAACCCCGCCAGCAAAGUCAUCGCCCUGAAAGACGCCGCCAAAACCCUUCAGAUCUUUAACAUCGAGAUGAAGAGCAAGAUGAAGGCCCACACCAUGACCGACGACGUCACUUUCUGGAAGUGGAUCUCCCUCAACACCGUAGCCCUGGUGACCGACAACGCCGUCUACCACUGGAGCAUGGAGGGCGACUCGCAGCCAGUCAAAGUGUUCGACCGGCACUCCAGUCUGGCCGGCUGCCAGAUUAUCAACUACCGCACUGACGCCAAGCAGAAAUGGCUGCUCCUCAUCGGCAUUUCAGCCCAGCAAAACCGUGUGGUGGGGGCCAUGCAGCUCUACUCCGUGGACAGAAAGGUGUCCCAGCCCAUCGAGGGCCACGCCGCCAGCUUCGCUCAGUUCAAGAUGGAGGGCAACGCAGAGGAGUCCACGCUCUUCUGCUUCGCCGUGAGGGGCCAGGCAGGAGGAAAGCUGCACAUCAUCGAGGUGGGCACCCCACCAACGGGAAAUCAGCCGUUUCCCAAAAAGGCAGUGGACGUGUUCUUCCCUCCCGAGGCCCAGAAUGACUUCCCAGUGGCCAUGCAGAUCAGCUCCAAACAGGAUGUCGUGUUCCUCAUCACCAAGUACGGCUACAUCCACCUGUACGACCUGGAGACCGGCACCUGCAUCUACAUGAACCGCAUCAGCGGGGAGACCAUCUUUGUGACUGCCCCACACGAAGCCACCGCCGGCAUCAUCGGUGUCAACAGGAAAGGACAGGUGCUGUCUGUGUGUGUGGAGGAAGAGAACAUCAUUCCCUACAUCACCAAUGUGCUUCAGAAUCCAGACCUGGCCCUGCGCAUGGCCGUCCGCAACAACCUGGCCGGUGCCGAGGAGCUGUUUGCCCGCAAGUUCAACAACCUGUUUGCGGCAGGAAACUACUCCGAAGCUGCCAAGGUGGCAGCUAACGCUCCCAAGGGGAUCCUGCGCACUCCAGACACCAUCCGGCGCUUCCAGAGUGUUCCGGCGCAGCCGGGCCAGACCUCGCCGCUGCUCCAGUACUUCGGGAUCCUGCUGGACCAGGGCCAGCUCAACAAGUUUGAGUCUCUGGAGCUGUGCAGGCCCGUCCUGCAGCAGGGACGCAAGCAGCUGCUGGAGAAAUGGCUGAAGGAGGAUAAGCUGGAGUGCUCCGAGGAGCUGGGAGACCUGGUCAAGUCUGUGGACCCCACCCUUGCCCUCAGCGUCUACCUGAGGGCCAACGUCCCCAACAAGGUCAUCCAGUGCUUCGCCGAGACCGGCCAGUUUCCCAAAAUCGUCCUCUACGCCAAGAAGGUUGGCUACACUCCAGACUGGAUCUUCCUGCUGAGGAACGUGAUGCGCAUUAGCCCAGACCAGGGUCUGCAGUUCGCCCAGAUGCUGGUGCAGGACGAGGAGCCGCUGGCCGACAUCACACAGAUUGUAGAUGUGUUCAUGGAGUAUAACCUGGUUCAGCAGUGCACUUCAUUCCUACUUGACGCACUUAAGAACAACAGGCCCACCGAGGGUCCCCUGCAGACCCGCCUGCUCGAGAUGAAUCUGAUGCAUGCACCACAGGUCGCUGACGCCAUCCUGGGCAAUCAGAUGUUCACCAAUUACGACAGGGCGCACGUGGCCCAGCUCUGCGAGAAGGCAGGCCUCCUCCAGAGGGCCCUAGAGCACUACACAGACCUGUACGACAUCAAGCGGGCCGUGGUCCACACACACCUGCUCAACCCAGAGUGGCUGGUGAACUACUUCGGCUCCCUGUCGGUGGAGGACUCUCUGGAGUGCUUGAGGGCCAUGCUGUCGGCAAACAUUCGCCAGAACCUGCAGAUCUGCGUGCAGGUGGCCUCCAAGUACCACGAGCAGCUCUCCACCCAGAGCCUCACGGAGCUCUUCGAGUCCUUCAAGAGCUUUGAGGGUCUCUUCUAUUUCCUGGGGUCCAUUGUGAACUUCAGUCAGGACCCUGAAGUGCACUUCAAAUACAUCCAGGCCGCAUGCAAGACCGGCCAGAUCAAAGAGGUGGAGCGCAUCUGCAGGGAGAGCAACUGCUACGACCCUGAGCGCGUCAAGAACUUCCUCAAGGAAGCCAAGCUGACAGACCAGCUGCCGCUCAUCAUUGUGUGCGACCGCUUCGACUUUGUGCACGACCUGGUCCUCUACUUGUAUCGCAACAACCUGCAGAAGUACAUUGAGAUCUACGUACAGAAGGUGAACCCGAGCCGUCUGCCAGUGGUGAUCGGUGGCCUUCUGGACGUGGACUGCUCUGAGGACGUCAUCAAGAACCUGAUUCUGGUGGUCCGGGGCCAGUUCUCGACUGACGAGCUGGUGGCAGAAGUGGAGAAGAGGAACAGGCUGAAGCUCCUCUUGCCCUGGCUGGAGGCUCGUAUCCAUGAGGGCUGCGAGGAGCCGGCGACACACAACGCCCUCGCCAAGAUCUACAUCGACAGCAACAACAACCCCGAGCGCUUCCUGCGGGAGAACCCCUACUACGACAGCCGCGUGGUGGGCAAGUACUGCGAGAAGAGGGACCCCCACCUGGCCUGUGUCGCGUACGAGAGGGGACAGUGCGACCAGGAGCUCAUCAACGUCUGCAAUGAGAACUCUCUCUUCAAGAGUCUGUCCCGCUACCUGGUCCGCAGGAAGGACCCGGAGCUGUGGGCCAGCGUUCUGCUGGAGACCAACCCAUUCAGGAGGCCCCUCAUUGACCAGGUGGUGCAGACUGCUCUGUCUGAGACUCAGGACCCCGAGGAGGUGUCCGUCACAGUCAAGGCCUUCAUGACCGCUGACCUGCCUAACGAACUCAUUGAACUCCUGGAGAAGAUUGUGCUGGACAACUCUGUCUUCAGUGAACACAGGAACCUCCAGAACCUGCUGAUACUGACGGCUAUCAAAGCAGACCGCACUCGUGUCAUGGAGUACAUCAACCGCCUGGACAACUACGACGCCCCUGACAUUGCCAACAUCGCCAUCAGCAACGAGCUCUUUGAGGAAGCCUUCGCCAUUUUCAAGAAGUUUGAUGUCAACACAUCUGCCGUGCAGGUCCUGAUUGAGCAUAUCGGUAACCUGGACCGGGCGUACGAGUUUGCCGAGCGCUGCAACGAGCCGGCCGUGUGGAGCCAGCUGGCCAAAGCCCAGCUGCAGAAGGGCCUGGUGAAGGAGGCCAUCGACUCCUACAUCAAGGCAGACGACCCCUCCGCCUACAUGGAGGUGGUGCAGGCCGCAGAUAAGAGCGGUAACUGGGAGGACCUGGUGAAGUUCUUGCAGAUGGCCCGUAAGAAGGCCCGCGAGUCCUACGUGGAGACGGAGCUCAUCUUUGCCCUGGCCAAGACCAACCGGCUGGCUGAGCUGGAAGAGUUCAUCAACGGACCAAACAAUGCCCACAUCCAGCAGGUCGGCGACCGUUGUUAUGACGAGAAAAUGUACGACGCUGCCAAGCUUCUGUACAACAACGUGUCCAACUUUGGGCGUCUGGCCUCCACCCUGGUGCACCUCGGGGAGUACCAGGCGGCUGUGGACGGAGCCCGCAAGGCCAACAGCACACGCACAUGGAAGGAGGUGUGCUUUGCCUGUGUGGAUGGGAAGGAGUUCCGGUUGGCCCAGAUGUGUGGUCUCCACAUUGUGGUCCAUGCUGAUGAGUUGGAGGAGCUGAUCAACUAUUAUCAGGACCGCGGUUACUUUGAGGAGUUGAUCACCAUGUUGGAGUCGGCGCUGGGCCUGGAGCGUGCACACAUGGGCAUGUUUACAGAGCUGGCCAUCCUCUACUCCAAAUUCAAGCCGCAGAAGAUGAGGGAGCACCUGGAGCUCUUCUGGUCCAGAGUCAACAUUCCAAAGGUUUUGAGGGCUGCAGAGCAGGCCCACCUUUGGGCAGAGUUGGUCUUCCUGUACGACAAGUACGAGGAGUACGACAAUGCCAUCCUCACCAUGAUGAGCCACCCCACAGACGCCUGGAAGGAGGGCCAGUUCAAAGACAUCAUUACCAAGGUGGCCAAUGUUGAGCUUUACUACAAAGCUGUCCAGUUCUACUUGGAAUUCAAGCCGUUGUUACUGAAUGACCUGCUCAUCGUGCUGUCCCCGAGACUGGACCACUCCCGAGCGGUCAACUUCUUCACCAAGGUGAAGCAGCUGCCUCUGGUUAAGCCAUACCUGAGGUCAGUACAGAACCACAAUAACAAAUCUGUCAACGAAGCAGUCAACAACCUCUUUAUCACUGAGGAAGACUACCAGGCCCUGAGGACGUCCAUAGACGCCUAUGACAACUUUGACAACAUCACCCUGGCCCAGCGGUUGGAGAAGCACGAGCUCAUCGAGUUCAGGAGAAUCGCUGCCUACCUCUUCAAGGGCAACAACCGCUGGAAACAGAGUGUGGAGCUCUGCAAGAAAGACAAACUGUACAAGGAUGCGAUGCAGUACGCGUCCGAGUCCAAGGACACAGAGCUGGCCGAGGAGCUGCUGCAGUGGUUCCUGGAGGAGGAGAAGAAGGAGUGCUUUGCCUCCUGCCUCUUCACCUGCUACGACCUGCUGCGGCCCGACGUGGUGCUGGAGACGGCCUGGAGGCACAACAUCAUGGACUUCUCCAUGCCCUACUUCAUCCAGGUCAUGAGGGAGUACCUCUCCAAGGUGGACAAGCUGGAGACCUCUGAAUCGCUCAGGAAAGAGGAGGAGCAGGCCACUGAAACACAACCAAUUGUUUAUGGCACACCUCAGCUGAUGCUGACCGCAGGACCCACCAGCGUGCCCGUCCCCCCUCAGCAGGCGUACGGCUACGGCUACACGGGAGCACCGGCCGGCUACGCCCAGCCCCCUGCGGCCGCUGGCUUCGGCUAUGGCAUGUAAGGACUGGACGUCCGGACCCGCUCCGCUCCGCCCCUCCAUCCCUCCCUCCUGCGCUCGCUGGCGUCCCCAGCUCGGAGCAGUCCAUCCACCUCUCCUCCUCCAGUUCUCCAAACUGCCCUCUGUCAUCUUUUUUUCAUUCAAGACGACAAGCAAGCAAAUGUUUUCCCUUCCCCUUUCUUUCUCCUUUUUUUUAUAUGAAAGAUUUUUUGGCUCUUGUUAUUUUUCCUUUUACACUUUUAUGAAGGACUUCACUUUAUUUCUGUUUAGGAAGAGAGAAAAUUUGGAUCACGGGGAUUAUUUUUUCACAUUCCAUCAAUCUAAUUAGUUUUAAUUUUGUUUGUCUAUUUUAUUUUUAAAAGGGGAAUCAUUUAUGUCAAAGUGGAGGACUUGUGGUGGGGAAAUGAAGCCCUCCUUAAUAAGGUCUUUUGUGAAGCAUCAGAAUUGCACUUGGCAUUGAGAAGAAACUAAUGUAGAAUCUGUUCAUUCUAGUGUGUGUGUGUGUGUGUGUGUGUGUGUGUGUGAGAGCAGCUUGUUCUAUCUGUCUUUAAAAUGCAUUCAAAUAUUGUAUAUUCAGAGAAAAAAUGGGAAAAAUACAUUGUUCCAAAAUACAGUAUUUGAACACAAGACUGCCACUUCCAUGACAACACUACAAAAUAUUACUGUACAACAUGGGGGUUGUGUAGUUUUUCGGAUGAGACCUAUUGAGUUGGCCUACAGACGUAUUGAAUUCUGGCAAGUUCUACCCUUCCCUGGCCUAUGCAGGUUAAAUAGUGUGCAAGUCAUGAGUGUAUUUUUGUUUAUUCUGUGUGCUACAGAUGACUUUCCCUUGUGCAGUAAGUAACCAGUGCUCUUGUGUGGGACCAUUCCAUUUGAAGAGGGAUAAUACACACACAAAAAAAGAAAAAAAAGGAGAAAAAAGAAUGCUAUUCUUCAGAUCUGUGUGUUUGACUAACCUCCCCCUAUCCUUGUGCUACAGUCUGUGUAUGCUGGAUAUCGUGGUGUUCUAGGUCAUUGUUCAUGACUGUACAGAAAGAAUAUAAAACCUACUAACCUUGAUGUCCUGCUAUUUUUUUUCGACUUUUCAAUUUAUCCUGAUCUUACCAUUUGGUAUAAAUUACUUUAUUUAAAAGAAGGCACCUAACUCCUGUACAGUUACCCUUUUAAUGCAUAGAUUUACAGUGCACAUCAUGGUGGGUUAGCAAAUGAUCUUGAUAACUACCAAUGGCUUUAGCACUCUCCCCACAAAAAGACUUCUAGUUUGAUAAGCGCUUUGUUUUCAAACCUGUUUAUGUGCUUAUACCAUAUACAUGCUGCUCCCCUGAGAAACCACUGUCAUCUUAUCUUUCUGAUCAUACCUAAUUAGUAAGCACCCCCCCCCCCCCCCGGACUGUUGUCCUGGAUAUGAUCUAGACUCGACCAAAUGACGUAUACAUAUGGAGUAAUCCAGAUGGGUUCUAAUGCGUAGAUUACUGUUGUGUGGAAAAUACAGUAUAACCGUUGUCUGUGUUGUGUUUGGAUGUAAAGUUGGCCGUUGCCAUGACACUAUGAGCACAAAUGAAGAGCAGACUCACGCAGGGAAUGUUUGAAUAACCCUCUACUGUAUGGUUCAGUCAAGGGGAACCUUGCUGUUAUUGUUAUUCUAUUUGACUGUCAGAUAAUGCCUAUGUAUGUGUGGGAGGACGUUGAUUAUUUUUCUUUUUCCUAAAUAAAAAAAAAUAAAAAAUCCAGCUCUGAUUAAAGGAUGAGAUAUAAUGUAGAAUAUAUAAUGAUAGAAUUGUGAUUUAAAAAUAGAUGCCUGAUUAACCCAGUAGUCCCCUCUGUAUAUACACUUACAAAUGCAAAAAAAAGAAAGAAAAAUCCUCAUACAUUCAAUGAUUGAACAGGUGAAACUAAUUGCUUCUUAAAAUAAAUGGUCAAACAAUGGAAA